AUGGAUGAAAUCUUUUCUCUCGAUUUUCUUUAUGCUGAUGAAUAUGUUCCUGAACAGCUCUACGAAUUUGUUCGAAAUGGUUUAUAUUCUCAAUUAGAUACUCGAUUACAUGAACUUCCAAAUUCCAUCGAGUACUUGACAACAUUAACUUGGCAUGGUCAAGAACAAUUAAGUUUAUUGAUGGUUGCAGCUCUCAAUGGCUAUGAUGAGAUUGUUCGCGUACUUUUAACUCAUUGUAAUUCAACAAGUCAGAUUGAAUUAAAAGAAGUAAUUCUUUAUGAUGCAAAGCUUAUCAAAGGUGUAACAGCACUUUAUUGUGCAUGUUAUCGAGGACAUUUUACUGUAGCCAAAACUCUAAUAGAACUUGGUCAAGCUAAUGUUAAACAGCAUACGCUUGAUUAUGUGUAUUAUCCACUUUUUAUUCAUGCUACGAUAAUGAAUCGUCAAGAUAUAGUUCAUUUUCUUUUGGAAAACAAAUAUGCAGAUGUGAACGAAACGAAAUCUAAUGAUUAUAAUGAAUCUACUGCAUUGAUAUUGGCUGCAUUUCGAGGUUAUACAUCUCUCGUCAAAUAUUUGAUAGAAAGUGGUGCUAAUGUUAAUUAUUCUGAUCGGAACAAAACUUUUAGAGGUUCAACAGCAGUUAUGUGUGCCACGUCUUGUGGUCAUUUAGAUACACUUCAACUACUCUAUAAUGCCAGUGCAAACAUUAAUAUUAGACAUGAUACAGGAGAUACUUUACUCAUGACAGCUGCUAAAAAUAUGCAUUAUUCAAUUGUUAAGUUUCUACUCAAACAAUCGAUCAAUAAUACUGUAGACGAUCUUGAAUUUGCUGCUUGUUCUUUAUUUAAUAUUUCAUCUUCUAUUGAACAAAUGAAUGUAGUAGUCGAUGUCUUAAGAGCUGCUCUUCAACAACGACAAUUAUUACAAAUAUCAAAAAUUUCCAUACAACCAAAUGAUAUCUACGAUUAUCAACAAGAAUGUCAAACUAUUGAAGAACUUGAUCGUAUCAAAGAUGAUCGUAAUCGAAUUUUUAUCGAAACAUUACUUAUUCGAGAACGUAUUUAUUCAUCUGAAAAGAAUAUAACAGUAAUGGAACCACUAAAUGAUUAUGGCGAUCAACUUGCAUACAAGAAAGAAUUUGAUAAAUGUCUUAAUGUAUACAUUUAUAGUUUCAAUUCUUAUCAACAAAUGGGUACGAAUACCAAUCUAGCACGAUUUGUUUGGUUAUUCUGCAAAAUGCUUACUGAAAAUCGAAUAAUAUCCAUUCAUCGUUUUAUACAAGUCUGCUAUUUAACAUUCGAAUUCACAGAACGUAUAUAUAUGGAUUUGACUAUAUGUAAUGCACUUUUCCUUGUGAUUAUAGCAACUAAAAUUCUUGAACAAAAAGAAAUAACUAAAGAAGAACAAAUAUUGAUUUAUUCUUGGAUAAGAGAUUUAUGUCGUCAUCGACUGACUAUUCAAGACGGGCAAACUUUAGUUCAUCUUUGUGUUGAUAAGAAUACUAAUUUUCGUCUCAAUUUUCGUUCUAGAGAUACAAUUACUCAUAUAAAAUUUCCAAAUGAAUCUGGACUUCGAUUAUUAUUGACUUGUGGAAUUCGUUGGCUUGAUUUAGAUGCAAUAGAAUCUUCUUUUGGUAAUACACCACUUCAUAUCAUAUGCAAAAGAAAUAGAGAUCUAAAGAUCAUUAAAUUACUUUUGAAUUUUGGAUGUCAUAUGGACUGUGUAGAUAAAGAUGGAAGAAUUCCAUUAGAUUAUGUAUAUGAUAAAGAUUUCAAAGCGUUGUGUACAACAAAUUCAACUCCUGAUCGUCUCAAAUGUUUAUGUGCACGAAUCAUUGUUAAAAAACGUUUGAAUAUUAGUACUUCAAGUACAUUAACAUCAUCUUUGAAGAAAUUUGUUUUCUUACAUGAUAGUUUACGUAGUCAAUAUAAUUUUAACUAA